AUGAAGUGCAUAGGCUUCAAGCCCGGCGACCAGGCAGGGUGUCCCAAAACCGCGGGACACCAACUGCCACGGAUCUCGACUCGACGGCCGGCUCCGGACUCGGGUUCCACCUCGCUUGAAUACGGCUACGAUAUUCUGAAGUCGCCUCCCAUGCAUCCCGGCGGUUCACCAUCCGAUGCACAACAAUUCGCAUUCUCUGCUUGCGGGGUCGAGCUUCUUUGUCAUGAUGACUGGCCCAAUCUUGAGACACCGCAGAUCCGGGGAAGCCCGCCACCAAAUCGCCGUAACGUGCGAACGCGCCAAGAGGCGCCGCCCAGUUCGGCAGGGGAGCAGAGCGAUCAAGCUAUUGAGCGAUCAAGCCAAUCCGAACCAAAGUGGCUUGUCACCUGCCAACGGGAAGCGAAGGAUCAGCCACCCGACUCUUCCUCCAGCCUCCAAUGA